UCUUUGGUAGAAUCGCAGCUGAUGCAGUUGUCUCAUCAUUUCUUGAAAAUAUGAGACCUGGUCCAGAUCUCUUUGGUUUUUCAUGGGAAAUUAUAAUCGUUGCCAUUUUUACUGUUUUACUGUUCUUAUGCAGGAUGUAUAAGUCAGUUACAAGUAGACGUUAUGUAGAAAGAGAGAAGCAACUUGCCAAUAAUAUUGCUGAACUAAUUGAAGAGCGAUGUAAAUUAAUGGAUAAACUCAGUCUCCACAAAAAAGAGUAUGCAGAAUUGGAAAAUACUCUGAAAGAUGGCAGCUUUCUACAAGAGUCAACCAUUGCAUCAAAUAUUAAGACAGAGUAUGAAGAACUGAACAGUUCAAACUCGGCACUCAAGGAUGAAAUAGAACACUUAGAAAAAGAAUUGAAAGAAGAGAAAUCUAAACAAUUGGAACAAGAUGAUUUGAUGGCUGAAAUACAGGAAAAAAAGGCAUCUUUAGAAAAUGAAGCAAAAUCUAUCCAGUUUCAAGUCGCUGAGGCCAAAACCACAUUAAAAGUAUAUGAAAUUAACAGAGAGAGAUUGAAGACCUCUUUGCAAGAUGCAGUAGAGGAAAACAGACAUCUUCAUGAAAGUGAAAAACAAUUAUUACAAGAAGCUGAAGGAUGGAGUGAGCGAUUUAGUGAGCUAAAUGAGCAGAUAAAAAUGUAUGAAUCAUCUCAAGCAGAUCUGGAGGAAGCUCUUAAAAAUAAAGAAAGUCAAGUCAAGUCUCUGACAGACUGCUUGUUAAGGAUGAAGGACUGGAGCUGUGCAACAGGAGAGCAUGAUUCUGUGGGUGACAACUACAAGGAUAAUGAUAUAAAGAAUGAAACAGAAAAAGAGCAGCACUUGGAUGUUCCAGAAAAAGAAACAGUAAAGAAGCUAAUUUAUGCCGCAAAGCUAAAUGCUCAUGUAAAAUCUGUGGAAACAGAAAGGAAUCAAAUAUAUUCAAAGUUAGCUGAUGAAAAGAAAGCAAAAGAGGAACUUGCAGAACGGAUUGAAAGACUACAAAGGGAACAUGUCACUUUGCAGUCAGAAAAUAUAGAGGUUCAAAAUGAAAUGCAAAAGCUUCAGCAAAAGCUUAAAGUCAUGACAGAACUGUACCAAGAAAAUGAAAUGAAUCUUCACAGGAAAUUAACUGUAGAAGAAAAAGAACGUUUACAGAAAGAAGAAAAACUUUCCAAAGUUGAUGAGAAAAUUAAUCAUGCUGCUGAAGAACUGAAUACUUAUCGGCAUCGGGCAAAAGAUCUUGAAGAAGAACUGGAAAGAACUGUUUGCUCUUAUGAGAAACAGAUUAACUCACAUGAGAAAAAAGCUCAUGAUAAUUGGUUGACAGCCCGGGCAGCUGAAAGACAACUGAAUGAUAUGAGAAAGGAAAAUCUACACAGAAGACAAAAUUUGACAGAAAUAGAAUUUAAAUGCCAUCUUUUGAAAAAAGAUCCUUAUGCUUAUGAUGAUACAGCCACAGCAUUUGGCAGAGGUUCAAGAGGACUGGGGAAUCCUGGCAUAACUGAAGUUGUUAAUGAAAGAGGAGAGCUGAACAUCAAUAGGUUAUCUGAUCCACACAGGCCACCUUCUGACACUGGAUCUUUGUCACCUCCAUGGGAUAGAGAUCACAGAGUAAUCCUUUCUCACCCAGUAGGUCACCUCUAUAAUGAGCAAUCUUUUCCUCCUCGGAGACCAGAAAGAUUUUAUUCCAAUCCUCUAAACUCUGGAAGGCUUUCAGGACCAGCUGAACUAAGAAGUUAUAACACGCAUUCAGUUGAUAAAACAGAUGGACCAUCAUCUGAAAAUAACUCCAGAAUGGACAUGAGUGGAGAUGAAAUAAGAGAUCAUGCCAAUGGCAGUAAUAUGCACAAUAUACACCAUCAGUCUCUUCCUCCUGAAAACGAAACCUUAGGACCAGGAAUUGUGCCACCACCACUUCCCUUUUUGAGAGCUCCUCUAAUGUCAAUGGAUCCUAGAGGACCUUUCAUGAGAAGAGGCCCUCCAUUUCCACCAGUACCUCCUUCUGUAUAUAGUUCCCAGGAAUAUUUCCCAAGGGAUUUUGCGGGUUUGCCACGUCCUCUAUUACCAAUGAGAGGUCCCUUUCCUAUGAGGCCUUUUUCACAAUAUCCACCUCCUCCGAGGGCUGGCUUUUUUCCUCCUCCACCUCCACCGCCAUCUGAUAACAGAAAUGAGGUUUCUGCUGAGUUAACACACCUGUCAACUGUAUCAUCUACAGAUAAUCAAGAAUCACAAGAAACUGGUUGAAAAUCAUUUUGUUCUUGACAAUUCUCUCGACUGAAUUAUUUCUUCUCAACUGAAGUAACUUGUUACUUAAUCAACUCUAUUAUUGCUCAAAUUGAAGCUGAAUAGAGUAAUUCUCAGGAGAGUGAUCUGUAAAUAUUGGUUUAACUGUGAAUAAAUUAUAACUGUACAGC